AUGGGUGUCGGCCAGUCCAAGCAGGUCGCUGCGUCGGCUGUUGGGCGGGAAAAAGAGGAGAUUGCACAGCGCAUGUCCAAAUUGAGCGUGGCGGGGAAAAUGCAGGAAGCGUUGGAAACUUAUGUCUGUGUUGAUGAGGAUCGUGACCCCAACCUACUCCUCAUCGAAAAGAAAUACCACUUUGUCUUAUCAGAGACGAAACAUUGGGAAAAGGAGUUGCUUGCCGAUCCCAAGGUUUUCAAUAUCAGGAUCCCGCUUGAAGGCGCUCCAAUCACUAAUCAGCACUCCUCCGGCCGUUGCUGGCUGUUCGCAUCCACCAACGUGUUCCGUGUGGCUUUGAUGAAGCCGUAUAAUGUGAAAAGCUUCGAACUGAGUCAGGCGUAUCCAUUCUUCUGGGAUAAGAUGGAGAAGGCAAAUUGGUUCUUGGAGAAUGCCAUUGACACGGCUAGUGAGGCGUUGGAUGGCAGGUUGGUGCAGCGUCUAAUGUCAAGCCCCAUAUCGGAUGGCGGUCAGUGGGAUAUGGUUACGAAUUUGGUUGGGAAAUAUGGAUUGGUUCCCAAGGAAUUAUACCCUGAUACCUAUAAUGCUAAGAGUAGUUCGUUCUUGGGCAAACUUGUCACCACAAAACUGCGUGAGGAUACGCUUGUCCUGCGCAAAAUGGCAACUAGUUUUGAUCCUUCUGUCAGGGCAUCCAUUGGCGAUACGAAGAAAAAGUUUCUACAGGAAAUUCAUUCAAUCCUGACCAUUUUACUUGGACCACCGCCAUCCCCCCAGGAGAAAUUUACCUGGGAAUAUUAUGACGCGAAUGGCAAGUUCUGCAAACUAUCCAUGACCCCUUUGGAAUUUGCAUCGAGCCUUUCAAGCCGUGAAGGUCUUAGGGCGUGUAAAGGGACGGACGUGAACAAGCUAUUUAGCCUGGUCAAUGACCCAAGGAACUCCUAUGAGCGACUGUUGACUGUCGAUCGAUUGGGAAAUGUUGUCGGCGGCCAGCCGCUAACCUAUGUUAAUGUUGAUAUGGAUACUAUAAAGGCUGGCGCAAUCGCAAUGCUCAGAGCCGGAAUCCCGGUCUUCUUCGGUAGCGACGUUGGGAAAUACUCCAACUCAGCAUCGGGCAUCAUGGACACUGCACUGUACGACUACUCUCUGGGCUUCAACGUCAACUUAGGCAUGAGUAAGGCCGAGAGGCUACAAACGGGAGAAUCAUCCAUGACGCAUGCCAUGGUCCUGACAGCAGUACACAUUGGAGGCGACGGUAAACCCCUGCGCUGGCGUGUAGAGAAUUCAUGGGGUGACGCCAAAGGCGACAAGGGCUGGUUCGUUAUGACGGAUAAAUGGAUGGACGAGUUUGUGUAUCAGGUUGUCGUUGAUCCGCGGUUUGUGAGUCAGGGAGUGAGAGAUGUGUUGAAGCAGGCGCCAUUGACGCUCCCGCUCUGGGAUCCGAUGGGAGCACUGGCUUGA